UCCAUUACAGGUGAAGCAUGUCAGCCAGGAACAUGGCCUGCUGCAUCCCCGCCACGUUCUCCACCAUCUUUCUCUUCUGCCUCCUGACCGCCAGCCCUAUGGACUCCCUCGACCCAGGGCCCACCACAGCCUCCACCCUCCCCGAGAUUGGCAACAGCUUUCCUAGCGGGGAUCUCUGGGCGCAUCAGCCACGGGCCGUGACUCACCACCGCAGGCACGGCCUCAGCAAGCGUGAACGAUCUCUCCACGGCAUGCCGUCCAGGGCCCGAGGCUCCGGGGAAGGGGGCGCUCCGCGGCGCCUGAGUUGGUCCGCUUUGGGGGAAGAGCCUGGAUCGAUGGAGCGGCCCGCCAGCCUCCGGCAGAAAGACGUCUUCCUGGGGUUUGAGUUCCCAUAUCCCGAGCAGGUGAACCACGCCCCUGGAUCGGCGAGGGGGAAGAACCGGGAGCACCGGCGACACAGCCGCAGGGAGAGGUUGAAACAGCACCGAGGAAAAGGCUCUGACCCAGGGCCGAGCGCGCUGAUUAAGAAGCCCGAAAACUUUGAGGAGCAGUUUCAGCCUCUUCACACCGAAGGGUCUUCUGCUGGCUCGGAUCCGCCCCUACUCCUCGGCUUCACGCCGAAGGCGUCGAGCGAAGAGCCUCCGGCCCUCCAGGUGACGUCUCCUCGCCCUCGGCUCCGGGUCAGGCAAGAAGGCGACGUCAUGCCCACCCUCGACAUGACUCUCUUCGACUGGACGGAUUACGAAGAUCUACGUCCAGAUAUGUGGCUUUCAUCCCGGAGAAAAGAGAAACGGCGCAGUAAGAACCACAGCAACGAAACGACGCCCGAAGAAGGAGAGCCGUGUGACCAUCACCUGGAUUGCCUGCCAGGAUGUUGCUGUGACUUGCGCGAACACCUCUGCAAGCCCCACAAUCGCGGCCUCAACAACAAGUGUUACGACGACUGCAUGUGCGCAGAAGGCUUACGCUGCUACGCCAAAUUCCACCGCAACCGGAGAGUGAUCCGACGGAAAGGCCGCUGCGUCGAACCCGAGUCCGCCGACGGAGAUCAAGGAUCGUUUAUCAACGUCUAGGAGGGCACUUGCCGGAGACGCUUUCUUCUUGCCUGGCUCCGGAAGUCGGAAGCGUUCAUUGAUAACUAGUGGCGAAAUGGCCCAGAUGCUGCCGGUUGAGCCGAGAUCAAGCCAACGUGAAUCUGGAGCAAAUGUUCAAAUUUAAAACCGGAGGCAACAAUACAGCCUUAUGCUUUUAAAAGGUUUUAUUUUUAUAGUUUGGCAUGCUAGGGUGUCCAACGUCAGGCCCGUGGGCCAAAUCUUGCCCUCUAGGCGGCCCCGCCUCCUUAUCUAGGCCCCGCCCCCUUUACCCAACCAUCAAUCGCUUCAUGGCUUUUGUGCCAGUU